AUGCAUUCUUGGCAUUGGGUGAUUUUAUUUGCAGUAUAUGCAAGUCUCUUUCAUGUAUGCUUACCAAUAAAGUCUUCCUCUUCAAAAUUAGAUGAUAAAAUUGGGACCUUGCCUGGGCAACCGAAAGUCAAUUUCCAACAAUUUGGUGGAUACAUUACUGUAAAUGAAAAGGAGAAUAGAUCUCUUUUCUACUACUUUGUGGAGGCAGAGACGAACCCGACUUCAAAGCCUUUAGUUCUCUGGUUAAAUGGAGGACCUGGUUGUUCAUCUGUUGGAGUUGGAGCUUUUAUGGAACAUGGCCCUUUCAAACCAAGUAGAAAUCAAUUUUUAACUAGAAAUUGCUACAGUUGGAAUAAAGAAGCAAACAUGUUGUAUCUAGAAUCACCAGCUGGAGUUGGAUUCUCUUAUUCUGCUAAUUUGUCCUUCUAUUCUUCUGUGAACGAUAACACUACAGCACAAGAUAAUUACAUAUUUCUAAUGCGCUGGCUUGACAAAUUUUCGGACUACAAGAAUAGGAAUUUGUUCAUUGCUGGGGAAAGCUAUGCAGGCCAUUAUGUUCCACAACUUGCACAACUCAUUGUUAAUCACGGCUCGAUUGACAUGAAGCUCAACUUGAAAGGAAUAGCUCUUGGAAAUCCACUUUUGGAAUUCAAUAGUGAUUUUAAUUCUGUAGCUGUGUAUUUAUGGUCCCAUGGGUUGAUAUCAGAUUCAACACUCGAACUUUUCACUUCAGUUUGUAAUUUUUCUCAAUUCAGAAGAGAAUAUCAAAUUCUUGGACAUGUUUCUAGGCGUUGUUCUAAGGUGCUAAAGCAAGUAAAUAGUGAAGUAGGGGACUUCAUUGAUCCAUAUGAUGUUGCUCUUGAUGUAUGUUUGUCAUCUAGCAGAUCUUAUAUUCUUAAUCCCCUUCAACCAUUAGAGGUAGAUGUGUGCAUUGAAGAUGAGAUAAUUAAGUAUUUAAAUAGGAAAGAUGUGCAGAAGGCUCUUCAUGCCCAACUUUUCGAAGUGAAUUGGACAGUAUGUAGCGAUAUAUUAAAGUACGAGAUGAAAGACCUAGAGAUACCUACAAUUAAUAUGCUUGGUUCGCUCGUUAAGUCAGACAUUUUUGUUCUAAUUUAUAGUGGGGAUCAAGAUUCAGUCAUCCCGCUACUUAGCACUCGAACUCUUGUGGAUAAAUUGGCAAAUGAGUUGGUACUAAAUACAAUGGCAUAUAGAAAUUGGUUCGUCGAAAAUCAGGUUGCUGGAUGGACAAAGGUUUAUGGUAAUAUCCUAUCCUUUGCCACAAUUAGAGGAGCCUCUCACGAAGCUGCAUACUCACAACCAAAGAGGUCACUGGCUUUAUUCAAAUCAUUUUUAGAAGGCAAAGCACUACCAUAUAAACCAAUAGCUGAAGAUUCUAUUCAUGGAUAA